UCAGUGACAUCUACGAAAACAAAUCGGCCACCUCAUCUCUUCUGUCAGUUUUUACUACUUUUUAUUCUGGCAAAAAAUAUAAAGCAAUUUUAGAAAAUUUAUUAAGAUAAAAUGAAAGUAAUCGCCGCUUUAAUUCUUUUAUUGUGCGCAUUAAUAAAUUAUGUGAAUUGUGUCAUGUUUCAUCUGACGCCAAAUACACAAAAAUGUCUUAAAGAAGAUAUACAGGCCAACCAACUGGUAAUGGGCGAAUAUGAAGUUUCUGAUGUUCCCGGACAAGUGAUUGAUUAUAUUGCACGAGAUACUAAAGGUCAUAUUUUGUCACAAAAAGAGCAUAUAACGAAAGGAAAAUUCAGUUUUAUGUCUGAAGUUUAUGAUACUUACGAAAUUUGUUUUAUUUCUAAGGUUCCACCACACCAACGAGGUAUUGCUCAGGAAGUAUCAUUGGUAACUAAGAAAGGUGUCGAAACAAAGAGCUACGAAGGUAUAGCUGAAGCCUCAAAAAUAAAGCCCUUAGAAGUUGACUUGAAACGUUUAGAAGAUUUGUCCGAUUCUAUUGUUAGAGAUUUUGCUUUAAUGCGUAAACGUGAGGAAGAAAUGAGAGACACUAAUGAGAAAACAAACAGCCGAGUUUUGUUCUUUAGUAUUUUCAGUAUGUGCUGCCUUUUGGGAUUGGCAACAUGGCAAGUCCUCUAUUUGCGCAGAUAUUUUAAAGCUAAAAAACUAAUUGAAUAAAUUAUAACAAUAUUCUUUAUUUCCGUUCCGUGUGGAUCGUGAAAUUUUCGACCAGAAAUGCUAAAAACUCUGGUCAAUGGUCACUUUAUAAAUUUCAUUUAAAGUAGUAUUCACUAUUUUCUCCCGUCUUACCAUUUAAAUUAAAUAAAUGUUUCUUAAUUUUAUGACGCUA